AAUUUGCUUUUCCAGUGGAUUUCAGCCUCCAUUCAUUGCAGUUAAUGCAAAACGUUGUUUUUGUUAGUGUAAAAUGUUUAUUCGAUUUCUGCUUCUUUUAGUAAAUGUUCUUGUUAUGUCAUCCGUAUGCGCCAAAACAGUAACUGGAGUAUUCAAGAGCGAAACUUCAAGACAGAACAGUGGCCAGUACAUUUCAAAAUUUGUGUACCAUGGAAAAGAUGCCUUGUUAUGUUGCAGACUUGAAGAUUCCCCAGUAGCAACUGAAAGGGAGUCAAAGCUAAUUCUUUACCGAGAACAAGGAUGGUUAAAUUUGCUGAAUGCUUUUGAAAAUCUCAGCUGCUUGGAACAACUUGAAAAAGCGGAUUUAAAAAUUACAUUGUCACAGGAAGAGCUGAAUCAGACAAUACCCCAAAUGCCACAUCCACAAACAUGGCAUAUUUUAUAUGUCGACAUGCAUACCUGCCAAGAAAAUGAAAUUAAUGCUGAUUCAGAUGGCAUUAAAUAUGAGAUUAGAAUGCUGAAUCCAGAUUCAGCAGGAAAUCCAAUGGACCAUUUCAGUGCGGAGGAAUCUGGUUUACAUGACUUCUACUUUCUGCUAAUACUAGCUUACUUUGUUGCUGCCUGUAUAUAUGCUCAGCCGCUAUGGCAGACUAUCAAAAAAGGUGGUCCGAUGCAUACAGUUUUGAAAGUCUUGUCUUCGGUGCUGUGCUUACAGGCAACGGCUGCCCUCUUGAACUACAUUCACAUGUCAAGAUACUCAAAGGAUGGAAUAGGAGUUCCCUUGCUAGGAAGUCUUGCAGAAUUAUGCGACAUGAUCUCGCAGAUUCAGAUGCUGUAUAUGUUGCUAAGUCUCUGUAUGGGCUGGUCACUGGGAAGAACUCGCAAAUCCCAAAGCAAACCUCUACAGUGGGAUUCAACUCCAGCAUCAACUGGUAUUGCUGUAGCAGCUGUUAUCACUCAGGGUAUUCUACUUCUUUGGGAACAGUUUGAAGACACUGACCACCACAGCUAUCAUGCACAUCGGAGUAUGGCUGGAUUAUUCCUUAUUGGUUUAAGGGUUUGCCUUACUAUGUUAUUAGCUUCUAGUCUUUACCAAAUCAUCACUGUGGAGAGAAGUGCACUUAAAAGAGAUUUCUACUUGAGCUUUGCCAAGGGCUGUUUUCUUUGGUUCCUUUGUCAUCCAGUGCUUGUGAUUGUUUCAGUGAUAUUCAAUGAAUACCAGCGAGAAAAGAUCAUCACCAUUGGUAUCAUUCUUUGCCAGUCCAUAUCUGUGGUGGUUCUAUAUAGACUUUUCCUUUCCCGCAGUCUCUAUUGGGAAGUUUCAUCACUGUCAUCUGUCACACUGCCCUUAACCAUGUCGAGUGGACAAAAGAGUCGGUAUUAUUCUUAGCAAAGUAUCUGAAGAGGGGAGUGAACAUAUAUUGUGCAAUAUAUUGACCAAUGCUGCAUACAGCUAUCAAUCAACAGAGGGGCUUAGUAACUCAAGAAGGGCACAAACAUCUAUUGCAUGUCAUGAAGCUGCUGGCAGAAGCUGUUGAUAUUCAGUGUACAUUUGGAAUAUCUUUAAAGAGCAUAAAUUAUGCUGUCAAAAUUACAUUUUUGUAAGGACUGAUAUACAUUAUUUUUUAGAAUUAAGAGUAAAAUUCUUGCACAGUAUUUGUGGGAUUAUUUAUUUUUUGUUAUUAUAUUCUGAUGUCUUUAAUGCAUGCUCACUUUAUUUGCUCAUUAAAUGAUAGAUAAUGCUGUGUUUGUUUCACUGAGGACACCAUACCAUGGAACCUGUGUUAAAUCUAGCAUGUUGCCAGAUGCAGGAUUUUUGUGGACAUUCUAUACUUCCAUAGUUCCUUUUUUAUCUUUGAUCCAAAUCUGUAUACUGGAGUAUAGAUAAUUAUUAUUUCUUUAUGAUUUUUAUAUAAGAGAUCAUUUUUUUGUUUUGCAGUAUUUUUAUAAUUCUUAAAUUUAGAAAGCUCUAAACUUCUUAAAUUAUUUGAUAAAUACUAUAAAAAGUAAUUAUGUGUAUCAUUCAUUUACUACACAUUGGCUUGUGUGUCAAAUUAUCUUUCUCAAUUGCUGUUUGCUGGUGUUUUUUCCUGUUUGCUGCUAUGUUAAAAAUUAUUCUCUUCCAGAGCUGCACCACUGUGGAGUUACUCAUUUAAUUGUUAUAUUUCAAGAAGAGAACUUGUAUAGCAUGUUUAAUUAAUUUAUGAUAGUUUUCUAGUAAAUGCUUGUCAAAAAAUAAUCUUUGCUUUACACAUUCCCAGUAUUUUUUUCUUUUCUUAAUGAUGGCAACAUGUACUUUUUCAUUGCAAUGCAAUGGUGUUUAGUUAUUAUAAUUAAUAUGUAUCUUGACAGGUGUCAUUUAUUUUGAACGUUCAGUUUUUCAUAAAUUGUCUUUCUUUUCAGAUAGGCUUGUUUUAAUUAUAGGAAUUCAACAAAAUACAAUUGAAUUAGGAAGCUAUAUCGAAACUCUGUUGUCUAAUUACAGAUUUGUUCAAUUUUCACAUAAUUUUGUGGGCUCAAGUACCACUUUAUCCAGCUUUGUUCAAGGAUGCAAAAACCUCUGUAAACUGUGGUAUUCUCUUAAAGGCUGGUUGUCAGUCCCCAUUGUUUUUCUAGCCACAGCAGGUAAUAACAUGUAUGGAUACAAGUUAAAAGAGAAUAUGUUCAGUGUGUAACUGUGCAGUGACCUUUUACUGUGGAUAAUGAUCAAAUUUGCAUGAAAAAUGAUUACAGUAGCUGUAAGGGAUUUUAUAUUUUUAAAUGUUGUCUACCAUAAUAUUGUUUUCAUUGAUUUGAUUUCGAUUCACAAUGCCCCGAUUUGAUUCAACAUUGAUUUUAUCUUUAUUUAAUUAGCAAUUACUUAACCAUGCAUUGAGAACAUUAAUAUAAUGUGACAAAUUUCAGCAACACUUUAUUUGAAGGGUGUCUAACUAGUGUCCUCAUAACAUAUGCAUAAGCAUGGAAUGACAUUUAAGAAUCAAUACUGUAUUAGAAUUGAACAGUUAGCCUCAAUAUUUUCAAGAUGUGGAACAAAAUAUCAUUGCUCUUUAACAAAAAAAAAAUUCACCAUAAUUUAGCAAAUGUAUCUGUCGCCACACAUAUUAUGGGGGGAUCCUUGUUUUAAUUAAAUGCAGUGGCAUCUACAUUAUAAAUUACCUAUAUCACCUAGUGAAUAAUAUUAAAAAAUAAUUAAAUAUUGCUUCUUAAAUAAUAAAUAUUUUAUUCAGUAACAUAUUAACCAAAUUUAUUCCCCUAUUGGACAUUUUAAAUACUAGUAUAAGCAGUGAGGUUGCUCCUGGUAUUACUGGCAUGUAGUGCACUUGUCUGAAACACAUACGCCUCAAUAUAAUGACAUGUGAUUGUCAUGUAGAAAUCAGCUGCCCUGGAUGUCCAUCUGUUUUACAGACAAACUGUUUGAAUCCAUAGAAAUUCCACACAUUUGAUUUAAGUGGUGAAGACGGCGAUUUCAUUUAAGGAGGACACACCAGUUUAUGAAAAGUACUGUAUGUAGAUUCUUCGUUUAGUGUCAAAGGCAGUGAUUUCAUGUAAGGAGGACAUACCACUUCGUGCAAAAUACAAAUAGUGAAGCUCUUUUUCUGUAGAAAGUCUUAACAGGCGCAUUAGCGACAUCUACUAGAUUGGACGGCAGAAACGAAGAUAAGCAAAAAUCUACAUAUAAUAAUAGAUCAGGAUAGAGAUCCACUAGAUCGAUCUUGAGAUUAUAAGAAUCGAUAUCGAAUAAUUUAAAUGAAAAAUGAUGAUAAAUCUGAAAAGCUAUUUUUACCCAGGCCUAGUAUUCAUACACAUUCUUUUCAUUGGUAGUCAUUUUUUCCUUCACAGUCAUCAUUUAAUUUACUAAAAGAAAAAAGUGUAAAUCCUUAAAUGGCUGCACAAUUUAUUGUUAUCCCUACUGUUAGGCUUCUGUGAUAGGAAACACAUAAUAUGCUAACAAAAGUUCAUAUUCUUACAUCUGUCAAGCUUUAUUUUCCUCUGUUUUUCAUAUUUUAAAUUUUAUUAUAGAAGUAAAAUAAUGUUCACCUUUCCAUGAAUAUUAUAUCUUACUAUAUACCUAAUAAAUUGUAUUGGAUCAUGUGUUUUAAGCGCUCUUUUGAAGGGUGAAGGGUGAUUCACAGACUCAAGCAAACAAUGUUCAUCUACUUUGCUCUGAAAGCAAUGAAUGGAAUUUACCACAGAUCACUUUUAAAAGCUGUUUCUCAUUAACAGUAUAAUUUCUUUUUUUUUUCUUUCUCUGACUUAACACAUAUAUGGUAAUAUUUUCAAUAUAUAGUAUGUGAACAUUAAAUUAAGGUUGCUUUAUUGGAGUUUUUUAAGAAAUUAUACCAUAAGAAAGCAUACCAUUUGCUUGUCAUUAAAAUUAAUUGCAACAGCGUUGGUUACCAACUGAAUGACUGCUGAUAUUUAGAAACUUACCUAGGUAAAAACAAUUGCAAUAGCAUUCUGUUACACCUUUGUUUUAGUAGCUGCACAUGUGGUGCUUCAAAAAAAAGCUUAGAAACUGUUGGAAAAAUAAAAUAUAUAGACUUCAGCUUCAUCUCUAUGUUGUCAGAAGAGCGCAUACCGUUUAUUGACUUUUAAGCUUAUACAGCAUCUUAUCAAGGAAUACAGACAGUACAUUGUAAAAAAUACAUAAAGUUUAAUUUUUUACUGAAAUAUUUAAAGGAAGGUUUUAAUUUUUAGUGCAUUAACUAUUAAGGACGUUCAUUGGAACAGAGCUUAUCUAGGUAGGAAUCAACCUACAAACCUAUGCUGACACAAAGCCAUUUUAGAGUCACCAGUCAAUCUGACAUACUGUAUAUUGUCCAUAUUUGGGGAUGUAGGAUAAAAACCAAUAUAGAAAUGGAGAAAGAAUGCAGGUAAUGUCCAGAUGAAGUAUUCUUUCCAAGAACAUUUUAUAUUCAAUUUAACUUUUUUUUUUCAGUUUCAGUUUAUUCUAAUUAUUCACACCACUACCUACUGUAAUAUCCAUGUAUGCUUUAGAAUAGUGUAAAAAUAAAGUAUGGACAACAGACUUACAACUUCAACACAAAACAUAUCGAUGAAACAUUAAAAAAAAUCAUAAAAUAAAGAAAUAUACUUGCAUUUAUGUUUUUCUAAAUUCAGAUUCAAAAUGUCCGAGGAACUUUCACUGCUGAAUAAAAUACUUUGUUGACAGAUUAUGAUAAUUUAAUGAGGCUACAAUGCAUAUGAAAAUAGGUAUGCCAUUUAUGAUAACAUAUCCACUUGUGUUUGAAAGACUAAGUAACUGUCAAUUAAAACAAUUACUGAAAUAGUUUUUUCUGUAAUAUUUCUAAGCUAAAAAAAUGGAAAAAUGCGAUGACUGAAGGUUAGAAAUUACAUCUAUGUAAUGGAUGAAUGCAGCUAAACCAUAAUUCAAUCCUUUUGAGUUAAUUUUCCAAUAUUGUUUUACAAGUCACUGUGUUACCACACUUAAACAUAUGUAAUUGCAUUUAAAAAUUAAAAACAAAGUUAAUCACUCAUCCAUAUCAAUACUUGUUCCUCUCUCAUGUUAUUUAUUUUGUUCAUACAAAUGUGUGAUAUGUUUGUAUGUAAAGGAGAGGACUCUUAUGGCAGCCUUCCAAAAUAAGCCAAAGAUGGUAAUAAGUUAAAUAAAAAUUUCAUAUAUAUUAACAUAAAUACUGGAAGGCUGCGGUGGGUUGACACCCUGCCCGGGAUUGGUUCCUGCCUUGUGCCCUGUGUUGGCUGGGAUUGGCUCCAGCAGACCCCCGUGACCCUGUGUUCGGAUUCAGCGGGUUGGAAAAUGGAUGGAUGGAUGGAUGGAUACUGGAAGGAGGAAUGAACGUAAUGAACAUGCAAAUUUAAACAUUACUUUACUUUAAACAUACUUUCAGCCAAGGUCUUAGAAUCACUCUUAUGGCCUGAGGCUGCCGUAGUUUUACUAUCUGCUUUGUUAGUAGGAUAGCAAGGUUCCAUAAGAUCAUAUUGGGGACAGUGUACUCACUACCAUCCAUGAGGUUUUGUCACUAGUAUUGUUGCCUCAAUGCUCUCACUAUCUUUUUUGAACAGAACGCCCGGCAUGCCUUAAAAGUAAUGGGUGUACUGUCCUUUGCAUCUUGUAGAUGGAUUGCAUGUCUCACCUAUACAAUACUAUUUUAUUGUGGUUGAUGGAUUCUCUGUCUCACUUCCAUAGUAGAAGCAUAGGGACAUUCUGUUGUGCCCUCUAGGAACUCCUUGAAAAGCCAAAUAAGUUUGCUCCCUGGUAAUACUUCCUCCAUGGCCACAUACCAUCCUGUCUUUAAGCUCCUCACAGAUACAGCAAGACUAGCUAUAUAUAGCUUUCUUCAUUAUUUGCAUUCCUAGUAAUUGUGAAAUAACUAAAAGUAUGUUUGUUGACCCUGUCAUAAACAGAAUACAAGAACAUCAAGCCACAUCAGACUGACAAAUUUUGGGUAAAACUUAAUGAAAGUGAGAUGCAGAUAUACAAACCAUUAAAGACAGAUAAGGUUUUAUCCUGGGUGCACGUUUUUUGUUGGUACAAGGCCUUCUUCAUCCUGGAAUUGCCAGAAUCCAGAUCAUCUACCACAAUAAUUCACACAUUCACUCACUGCAUUGAUAGUUACAGAUUUUCUGGCCUGCAAACUUCUGCAGACACUGUAGUAACAAAAUCUGUUCCAUCUGACUUUAUUCUUUACUUCAGGGUAAAGAAUUGGCUAAAGGGACACAAUUUUUCAAAGGCUGAAAAUGUCCAAAGAGCCAUAGCUGAUGUACUAAAAGAUCUCACUGGAGAAAAUUUCUAAAAAUACUUCCAGGAUAGAAGGACUGGAGAAGGUGAUGUGUUGCUAUUUUGAAAGAAAUGGUAUAACAUGUAGUUUUUACUCUAAAUGUCUCUUCAAUAUCAGUCUCAUUGAUUUCAUAACAGCAUUUUUCUUUAUAUGCACAGUAUCUGAUGGUAAACUCUGUAUAUCCUUGUACUGUUCCUUUUGCCAAUACAUACUCAGGGAUAUCCUUCUUCUGCAUGUUAUUUAAA